CCCCAACUUGAGGCCUUGACAAAAACCCAAAGUAUAAAAAACCAUCUCACCCAUCCACCAAAAUCACAAAUUCAUCACCAAUUUUCUUGGGCAACAAAUCAGCUUAACUGAGCUACGAUUUCUUGUUUCAUUCCUUCAUCUUAUUGAGAUAUUAAGAAAGAAAAAUGAACAGGGAAGGAGAUUGGAUUUGUGGUUCAAGUUCAUGCCGGCACCGGAACCAUACGCAAUGGGAUUCAUGCCAGAGAUGUGGGUACCCCAAAUUUGGAGGAGGGAGUGAAGUGUUAAACAGAACGGAAAUCUUGGCUGGAGAUUGGUAUUGCAAUGUCAUUACUUGUGGAGCACACAACUUUGCAAGUCGAACAAGCUGCUAUAGGUGUGGCGCGUCAAAACCUAACUAUACGGAGUAUGUUCAAAGUGUGAUUAAUGCAAGCGGGUGCGAAUAUAGUGGCAGUGGUCUCCCUGGAUGGAAAUAUGGUGAUUGGAUUUGCCCUAGCAUUGAGUGUGGUGCACACAACUAUGCUAGCAAGAGAGAAUGUUUCAAAUGCGGAAUACCAAAAGAAUUUGGUGGUUGAAUCCAUAGAGUCAUAAAAGGAACCUUAAUUAUAAUGCCUUCCAAUUUUCCAUAUACUAUGUGUAAUUUCAGUUUUUGCUUUUUUCUUCUUUUUCUUUUUCUUUUUCUUUUUCCCCUCAAUAAGUUUAAUAAGCUUCAGAAUCAUGGCUAUGACCAUUUUCACAAGCAUAGUAAUGUACUUGUCCCAAUAAGUGUUUCAACUUUAUUAUGAAAUGCAAGGUGUUUUUACA